GGGCUACUGUUUGUCCUUGCAUCUCUUUUACUGGUCUGUAAAGUGACAGCCUUCUUUCCAUGGGGAGAGUCAGCAGUGAAUUGCAAAUGGAGCCCCUAUGGACCAUGGUCAGAGUGUGAUGGCUGCACCAAAAAACAGACUCGAACACGUACAAUUGAAGUUUACGCCCAGUUUGGAGGUAUAGAGUGCAGUGGAACCCCCUAUGAAAAACGUCUUUGCGUUCCCACUAGGGGUUGCCCUAUAGAAGAUGGAUGUGGAGAAAGAUUUAGAUGUUCAUCGGGUCAGUGCAUUAGCCAGACUCUGGUGUGCAACGGAGAUCAUGACUGUGAACAAGAUAGCUCAGAUGAAGCUAACUGUGAUGUGCGUCACGAGGUCUGCAAUACUGACAAAUAUGCUCCAAACACAGAACUUACA